CAUUGCGUCAUCCGGGCGCGCGCUGCAGACAGCGCCGUGGUUGCCGGAAGUUGGGCCGCGUUACCCAGGCGGCAUUGUGCUGAUUACAGUGGACAGGGCAGGACCUGCAGGGAGACCAGUCAGGGCACUGUUGCUGUGGUCCAUGUGACAGAGGAGAGAGGCCUGAACCAAGGUGGUGUCCCCUGUAAGAUGUCCCUGUAAGAUGAGGAAACAGGCUCAGAGAAGCAGGCAGUAAAUAAUGGCGGCAGCUACGGGGGACCCCGGACUCUCCAGAUUGCAGUUUGCCCCCUUCAGCAGUGCCUUGGAUGUUGGAUUCUGGCAUGAGUUGACCCAGAAGAAGCUGAACGAGUAUCGGUUGGAUGAAGCUCCCAAGGACAUUAAGGGUUAUUACUACAAUGGUGAUUCUGCUGGGCUGCCAGCUCGCUUAACAUUGGAGUUCAGUGCUUUUGACAUGAGCGCCCCCACCCCGGCCCGCUGCUGCCCGGCUGUUGGAACACUGCAUAACACCAACACACUCGAGGCUUUCAAGGCUGCAGAUAAGAAGCUACUUUUGGAACAAGCAGCAAACGAGAUCUGGGCGUCCAUCAGGUCGGGCGCGGCCCUGGACAACCCUGUCCUGCUCAACAAGUUCCUCCUCUUGACCUUUGCAGAUCUAAAGAAGUACCACUUCUACUACUGGUUUUGCUCCCCGGCUCUCUGCCUUCCAGAGAGUACACCCCUCGUGCAGGGACCAGUGGGCUUGGAUCAGAGGUUUUCACCGAAACAGAUUCAGGCCCUUGAGCGUGCAUACGAUGAUCUUUGUCAAACAGAAGGAGUCUCAGCGCUACCUUACUUCUUAAUCAAGUAUGAUGAGAACGAGGUGCUGGUGUCCUUGCUUAAGCACUACAGUGACUUCUUCCAAGGUCAGAGGACAAAGAUUACUGUCGGUGUAUACGAUCCCUGUAACUUAGCCCAGUACCCUGGCUGGCCUUUGAGGAAUUUUUUGGUCCUCGCAGCCCACAGAUGGAGUAGCAGUUUCCAGUCUGUUGAAGUCCUCUGCUUCCGGGACCGCACCCUGCAGGGGGUGAGAGACAUCACCCACAGCAUCGUCUUCGAAGUGAAGCUUCCAGAAAUGGCGUUUAGCCCAGAUUGUCCCAAAGCAGUCGGAUGGGAAAAGAACCAGAAAGGAGGCAUGGGACCAAGGAUGGUGAACCUCAGCGAAUGUAUGGACCCUAAGAGGUUAGCUGAGUCAUCAGUGGAUCUAAAUCUCAAAUUGAUGUGUUGGAGAUUGGUCCCUACUUUGGACUUAGACAAAGUUGUGUCUGUCAAGUGUCUGCUGCUUGGAGCUGGCACCUUGGGUUGUAAUGUAGCUAGGACGCUGAUGGGCUGGGGUGUCAGACACAUCACGUUUGUGGACAAUGCCAAGAUCUCCUAUUCCAACCCUGUGAGGCAGCCUCUCUAUGAAUUUGAAGAUUGCCUGGCGGGUGGUAGGCCCAAGGCCCUGGCGGCAGCAGACCGGCUCCAGAAAAUAUUCCCCGGAGUGGACGCCAACGGGUUCAGCAUGAGCAUCCCCAUGCCGGGCCAUCCGGUGAACUUCUCCAGCGUCACCCUGGAGCAGGCCCGCAGGGAUGUGCAGCAGCUGGAGCAGCUCAUCGAAGGCCACGACGUCGUGUUCCUGUUGAUGGACACCAGGGAGAGCCGGUGGCUGCCUGCCGUCAUCGCUGCAAGCAAGAGAAAGCUGGUCAUCAAUGCUGCUUUGGGAUUUGACACAUUUGUUGUCAUGAGACACGGCCUGAAGAAACCUAAGCAGCAGGGUGCCGGGGACUUGUGUCCCAGCCACCCCGUGGCACCUGCCGACCUGGGCUCGUCACUGUUUGCCAACAUCCCUGGCUACAAACUUGGCUGCUAUUUCUGCAACGAUGUGGUGGCCCCGGGAGAUUCAACCAGAGACCGGACCUUGGACCAGCAGUGCACUGUGAGCCGUCCGGGACUGGCCAUGAUUGCGGGAGCCCUGGCAGUGGAGUUGAUGGUUUCUGUUUUGCAACAUCCAGAAGGGGGCUACGCCAUUGCCAGCAGCAGUGACGACCGCAUGAAUGAGCCUCCAACGGCUCUUGGGCUCGUGCCUCACCAGAUCCGGGGAUUCCUGUCACGGUUUGAUAACGUCCUUCCUGUCAGCCUGGCGUUUGACAAGUGUACAGCUUGUUCUUCUAAAGUCCUCGAUCAAUAUGAGCGAGAAGGAUUUAAUUUCCUAGCGAAGGUGUUUAAUUCUUCACAUUCCUUCUUAGAGGACUUGACCGGUCUUACGUUGCUGCAUCAAGAGACCCAAGCUGCUGAGAAUGACUUAGAAGCAGUUAGAGAGUAAGUUUCCGGCCCAAGAAGACAAUCAUGGAGGAGUAUGUUCUGGCUGAGGAGCCUGGAUGAAGUGUCCCAUCCACGCCACAUGGAUCCCGGUAAUUUUCUAAGAAUUCCGAUACCAAAAGAAGGAAAAGAAAAGGAAAAAAGCCUUAUUCUGAAACCAGCCCGGCCAUAAUUUCAUCUUCCUGGGAUGACUCAGAAGACAUUAGAGGCCAUCAAGGCGAAUGCCUCCGCAGCUAUGAUCACAAACGCCAACAUCUCUGCAGAACAUCCCAGAAGCGAGGAUGUUCUGCUUGACAGACCUCAGGCCUGUCGAACCCAAGAUCAACUGGCUGUGACCUAAAUGGGUAUUUAGUACCAGACAUUCAAGUUCUCAGUGAAUGAAAAGACCACAUCAUCACAUGCUUGUCUUCAGUAUCAGGUUUUCUCCUAAAUUUAAAGAAAAUAAAACUUAACGUUGCCAAGCUAUGUAAAUUGCUUCCCUGACACAAUCUCCCCCCUCAGGAAAAUACGUGGCUUCUGCAGGCCACUUCAUGAAUGGUGCCAGCCCAGGGGCGGAGGCCUGAGCUUCCGGUCAGAACGCGCCUCUGUCCAGCACAGACUCCGCAGUAUUCAACCCAUGUGAACUGAGCCCCUGUUCUGUGCCGGUUACAGAGAGGAAGAUACGGCCCUUCUCAGGGGUUCAUGACCGCACGGGGACACAAAGGCUCCCGAGUGAGACUGCAGCGCCCCAAGAGGG